UAUAGUGAAUGCAGGGUCCUGGAGACCAGAUAUAGUGAAUGCAGGGUCCUGGGAGACCAGAUAUAGUGAAUGCAGGGUCCGGGGAGACCAGAUAUAGUGAAUGCAGGGUCCGGGGAGACCAGAUAUAGUGAAUGAAGGGUCCUGGGAGAUCAGAUAUAGUGGAUGCUAGGUCCGAGGAGACCAGAUAUAGUGAAUGCAGGGGUCCGGGGAGACCAGAUAUAGUGAAUGCAGGGUCCGGGGAGAUCAGAUAUAGUGAAUGCAGGGUCUGGGGAGACCAGAUAUAGUGAACGCAGGGUCUGGGGAGGCCAGAUAUAGUGAAUGCAGGGUCCGGGGAGACCAGAUAUAGUGAAUGCAGUUUCUGGGGAGACCAGAUAUAGUGAAU